AGACUUAUCACAAGGACAAAUGCGUGUCAGUUUCAUGUAAUAGUUAUUGUCUUCAAUACCUAUAAAAACCGCUUUUUCGUGCAGUCCAUUGUCAUAAACAAAUCUGCAAUGGAAUUUUGAUGUUGCUGAACUAAUAACUUUUGACCCACCGAAAUGACCAUCAAUAGACAUAGAAGAUUGCACAUGUAUUAAAAAUUCACGAGCCUGAGGCCCAAUGGUUUCUACUAGAAUACAAUAACCGCCUAUUGGCUUUGUAUCUAUUUCAGGUUCAUUUUUUAAACAGAUUAUUAAUGUCUCUCGAAAACAUAAAGCUGCUCGUUUCACAUCGUCUGAAGUACAAAAAGAAACGGGAAUUUACGAUAUGUAUCAUAUUUUUUUUAAAGAAAAAUCCACUGUUAAACAGUGAGAAAUAUAAAGGCAGGCAAUAGUGCUACAUUCCAAAUAUACCUGAUUUCAUUAGCGACGAAUAAAUUUACGUAUUUGUAUAUUAUAUAUUUUUCUAUAUUAGAUUUUAUUGCGCGUCAUUUCUGUGGAUAUUUUGUUUGUUUUAUUUAUACAAUAUCUUUAUUCGUUGUUAAAGAAAUUUAGUUGAAACAAAUUAUGAGGAUAAGAUGUUAAAUGAAUAUUUUUUAUCUAAGAAAUUUUUAUCAAUUUUUAUUAUCGUUGAAUCAUUGUUUUAUUUGAAACUAACCAAUUUUGAAUACAUAACUUGCUGUACAUAUUAAUUCAUACAUUAAAACUUUGGGUUAAAAUUAUUAUAAAAUAAAAGAAAUAGUACUUAUGUGCAAUGAACCCUUGUCAGUCGAAGAAUUUUGUUAUAAAUUUACAUGUUAGUAUGUACAGUAAGACCUUCAUAGAAUUACUGAAUACCAAAUAUUCUGUAUUUUGUACAACCACGUGCCAUUAUUGUAUAAAACAAUUUUAGUAUGUUUUGUAGUACAUAAGAUAUUUUUAUCAGUACACAAAUUCAUUCAUAAUAUUACAAUUACACCUGGGGACUUUCACCUAGGAUUCCAUGUAAAUAUUGCUCCUAAGUUACAGCAUAAAAUAACAACAUGUAAAAUAUAAUUAAUAUAUAAAUUUUUCACGACUCUGUACGUUUGAUAAGUCAUAGGGUUUUCUUCGUGGUAAUGCUUACGAUUAAAAUAUGUUUUGUCUAUACCAGUGAAGAUUAUUUGACAUACUUUUUUCAGAUAAAAAAUAACGAAUAGAUUACCUAUUAAAAAUCCAGGGAUCCACUUUUGAACAUCAAGCAAUUUACAGAAAAUUUCUUUUUCUUUUGACAUCACAGCUAAUUUCUGUAAUUCAACAAAGAGAAGUUAGCUUCUUUGCAAAGUUAUUUAUAUAAAAUGCAAUCGUAUUAAUAUUAUCCAUGUAUUAUUAGUAGCGAAAUGACGAGACGAUUAGAUAUUCAUGUCUGUGAGUUACCAAAAACAUCAGAUAGUAAUUUACCAAAAUUGCCGCCAAAUGCAAAAUUUUAUUCUCAUUGGAGGCGGAAUUUUCAAAAGCUUUUUCUUGUGUCCGUAAAACAUCCGUUAACACGAAACUUUUUACGUAGUUAUGCAGCGAUUGCUUUUGAAAAAAGAAAGCACGGCCGUUCUUCGUUUUGGUGGGUAAUUCAUCCCUGUAGUGAUCUAAGGUAUUAUUGGGAUCUUUUAAUGACAUUCGUUUUCAUGUACACCUUCAUAUCGAUACCGUACAUAGUAGCCUUUCAUAGAGUGGCUAAAAGUGCUGAUACAGAAAGUUGGAAUCCUGUAUAUCCUGCAUAUGUUAUUUGUAUAGUUGAUAUAUUCUUGAAUUUUCUAACUGGAUUCAGUUCACCAGAUGGACAUGAAAUCUUUUUGGAUCCAUUUUUGAUAACGCGAAAUUACAUGAAGGGAUAUUUUUUCAUUGAUUUUGUGUCUUCAAUUCCAUACACAUGGUUUCAUGAAUAUCGUCUACUACCUCCAGGUUCUAAUCCUAAUUCCAUCUUAUUAAUCCCUGAACUUUUACCUCUUCUGAAGAUUUUUCGUAUUUAUACGUUACGUUUUUAUAUUGGCCAAAUAAUUGCAAGUUUCACAGUUUCUCAUGCUCAAGAAAAGACUAUUUGGCUAGUACUCUUGACAAUGUUUUCUUUCCACUGGUGUAGCUGCAUAAGUCAUAUGUUUCCGUUUCUUAUUGCAUACAUAUAUGAAGAAACCAUAGAGGAUUCAGGAAUGUAUUUCUAUACUACCGGAUUAUAUAAGAAAUCUGAUUCUGAUAUUUAUUUAAUAUAUUUUCAUAUUGGAAUAAGUAAUUUUUUUGGAUCUAGUUUCGUCGAAUUCGACUCAUUAGGAUCACCUGAUAUAGUGAUACGUUGUAUAUUGCUACUAUUUGGAAAAGCAUAUACAAUUUAUUUAAUGGUCAUAGUAUUGCAAUUGGUCGAAUCAGCUGUAGAACCAGAGUUAAAAUAUCAAAGAAUUAUGCAUCAGGUGAAGGAAUAUAUUCAUGAGAAGAAGUUACCGGAUAAUCUCAAGCGUAAACUGAUCGACUAUUACGUGUUUCGCUUCCAAGGGAGCUUUUUUAAAGAACAUGCAAUAUCCAGCACUUUAUCAAAUCAUUUAAACCAAGAAAUCAUAAUACAUAGUAGUCGUGGACUGUUAGAUACAGCUACUAUUUUACAUUAUUUGCCGCGUAAUGUUAUUGGAAGUUUGAUGGGAAUUCUAACUCCGGUUAUUUAUCUCAAUGAAGAUGUUAUUUAUAAAUGUGAAACUGAAGGUGAUUGUAUGUAUUUUGUAGUUAGCGGUACUGUUGCUCUUCUUACAUUUGACGGACAAGAAGUAUGUCAUGAGAAAGAUGGAGGCUACUUUGGUGAAGCUGCUUUAAUUUUUCCGGACCGGAAAAGAUUAGUAUCUGUAAUUGCUCUGGAAAUAUGCGAAUUAAUACAAAACGACAUGGUUGAAUUAAAGUGGGAAGAAAAAUAUGUACUCAUUACCAGAAAUUUGGCUGAAUGGCUUGGUGAUGAAAAACUCAAAAGUAUUUUAAAACAACGGGACCUUAAGCUCUAUUGGGGUACUGCUACAACUGGUAAACCACAUAUUGGUUACUUUACACCUAUGUCCAAAAUAGCAGACUUCUUGAGAGCUGGAACAGAGGUUACAAUAUUGUUUGCUGAUCUACAUGCAUAUUUGGAUAAUAUGAAAGCACCUUGGGAACUUCUGGAGCUUCGUACUCAAUACUAUGAAGCAGUUAUUAAAGCAAUGCUUAAAUCUAUAGAUGUACCUUUGGAUAAAUUGAAGUUUGUUAAAGGAACAGAUUAUCAAUUAUCUAAAGAGUAUACGUUAGAUGUGUAUCGCUUAAGCUCUGUAGUUACUGAGCAUGAUGCUAAGAAAGCAGGUGCUGAGGUAGUUAAACAAGUUGCAAAUCCUUUGCUUUCUGGACUUAUGUAUCCAGGAUUACAAGCUUUGGAUGAGCAAUACCUUCAAGUUGAUGCUCAGUUUGGUGGUGUAGAUCAAAGAAAGAUAUUUACUUUUUCUGAAAAAUAUUUACCAAUGCUUGGAUAUGAAAAACGUAUUCAUUUAAUGAAUCCAAUGAUUCCUGGAUUAGCAGGAUCAAAAAUGUCUUCAUCUGAAGAAGAUUCUAAGAUUGAUCUUUUGGACAAUGCUGCUGCAGUUAAAAAAAAAUUAAAAAAAGCUUUUUGUGAACCUGGUAAUGUUACAGACAAUGGAGUUCUUUCAUUUGUUAAAUAUGUAGUAUAUCCACUGCUAAAGGAAGGAAGAUGUUUUAAUAUACAAAGAGCUGCUGAAUUUGGUGGAGAUAUAUCAUUUCAUAACUAUGAUGAUUUAGAAAAUGCAUUUGCUAAGGAAGAAAUACAUCCUGGGGAUCUGAAAAGUGCAGUUGAAGCUUAUAUUAAUGUACUAUUGGAUCCAAUUAGGAAAGAGUUUGAAGAUCCAAAACUAAAAACUUUAGCCAACAAAGCAUAUCCUCCACAAAAACCAAAAGUUGUGGAGGAAUUAACACCAGCUAGAUUAGACAUCAGGGUUGGAAAAAUAGUUGAAGUAUCUAAACAUCCUGAUGCUGAUUCACUUUAUGUAGAGAAAAUAGAUGUCGGAGAUGCGACUGGGCCUCGUACAAUAGUCAGUGGACUUGUGAAUUAUGUACCAUUAGAAGAAAUGAAAGACAGAAUGGUAGUUAUACUUGCAAACUUGAAACCGGCAACGCUCAGAGGUGUUCAAUCUCAUGGAAUGGUUUUAUGUGCAUCAGUAGAUGAACCUACCCGUCGAGUUGAACCUUUAAGACCUCCUCCAGAUAGUAAACCAGGUGAUAAAGUAGUUGUGGACGGAUAUGAAGACGGAACAUCAGAUGAUAUAUUAAAUCCAAAAAAGAAAGUGUGGGAAAAAUUACAGGUUGACCUUGUAGUAAAUGGUAGUGGAGAAGCAUCUUGGUGUGGUAAUCUCUUACUUACUGCAGCUGGUGGUAAAAUUGUUGCUGACACUCUUAAGAACGUGGCAAUUAAAUAAUAUGCUUUAGGUAUUUAGCUGUUCCACUAAUUUUAUUCUUUACUGUAUAAAAUUAUAUCAAAUCUUGAUGGAA